AUGACCUCGGUAGACAAGAUCCUCGCGGCCAAGUACCCGGCCAAGGCUCAUGCCCGUCGCGUCGCCGAGUCCCUCAAGGCUCAGAAUGGUGCCGCCGGCCUGAUCUAUCUGGAGGCGCAAAAGACCCGCAUGAUUGAGGACAGUGACGAGUCCAUGCCCUUCCGGCAACGCCGUCCCUUCUUCUACCUCACCGGCUGUCUUCUGCCAGAUUCCUACGUGGCAUAUGAUAUCCGCAAGGACGAGCUGACCCUCUUCAUUCCACCCGUUGACCCCGAAUCCGUCAUCUGGUCGGGUCUGCCUCUCUCGCCGGAGGAGGCCGUCAAGCAGUACGAUGUUGAUCGGGCUCUAUAUACCACCGACGUCAAUGCCACGCUGGCGGCGAUCGCGGCAGCCCAGGAUGGGAAGACCGUGGCUUUUGCCAUUGGCGAGCAGGUCUCGGAGGGCACGAGUUUCCAGGGCUUCGCCGAGACGAAUACGGGGGCUCUGAAGAAAGCCAUUGAAGAUACCCGUGUGCUGAAGGAUGCUUACGAGAUUGCUCUCCUGCGCAAGGCGAACGAGAUAUCGGCCAAGGCCCAUAUUGCCGCCAUCCAGGCGGCCAAGACGGCAACCAACGAGCGUGAGAUCGAGGCUGCUUUUAUUGGGGCGUCCAUUGCCAAUGGCUGCCGCGAGAUGUCGUAUCAUCCCAUCGUCGCGGGUGGUGAGGGUGGCGCCACCCUCCAUUACGUCAAGAACGAUGAGAGCCUCAUUGAUCCCAUCACCAAGAAACGCAAGAACAAUGUUCUCAUUGAUGCCGGUGGUGAGUAUCAGACCUACUGUGCUGAUAUUACGCGGGUGAUCCCCCUGUCGGGCAAGUUCGCGCCCGAGACGCGCCAGAUCUAUGAGAUUGUCCUCCAGAUGCAGGACGAGUGUAUUGCCAUGCUGAAGGAUGGCGUGCUGUGGGAUGACGUGCACGCGCAUGCGCACCGCGUGGCUAUUCGUGGCCUGCUGAAGCUAGGUAUCCUGCGUGGCUCAGAGGAUGAGCUGUUCGACAAACGUGUCAGCGUCGCUUUCUUCCCGCACGGUCUUGGCCACUACUUGGGCAUGGAUACCCACGACACCGGUGGCAAUGCCAACUACGAGGAUCAGGACAAGAUGUUCCGCUACCUCCGUGUGCGCGGCCAUCUGCCUGCGGGCUCGGUGAUCACCGUGGAGCCAGGGAUCUACUUCUGUCGAUUCAUCAUUGACCCCGUCCUCAAGUCCCCGGAGCUGGGCAAGUACAUCGACGCUGCCGUCCUGGAGCGAUACUGGAGUGUGGGAGGUGUUCGGAUAGAGGAUAACGUCCACAUCACCAAGGACGGUUAUGACAAUCUGACAACGGCGCCAAAGGAGACUGCCGAGGUGGAGGGUUUGGCUCAGUAG